CUGAUAGGAAGAGUGCUCAUCAGUCAUGUCAUCAGUGCUCACUCACGUUUGAGUUUUUGACCACAAAUAUGUUAUAAAUAUGGCUUGAUUCCGAACAUAAUGGAGGACCGUCGCAAAGGUUUGGGUUUGGACAGCGACAUGAUGAGCCGUGCGUUUCUUCUGGCUCGCGAAGCUCUAGAAGUUGGAGAAGUCCCCGUUGGCUGCGUUAUGGUUUACAAAAACGAAAUUGUGGCUCAGGGUAGGAACCAUGUCAACGAAUCGAAGAACGCCUGCAGACACGCCGAGUUUGAGUGCGUGGAUCAGGUUAUUUCCUGGUGCAAAAAGAAACAGUUGAAACCCGAGGAGGUGUUCCCUGGAAUUACCGUAUUCGUCACUGUAGAACCUUGCAUCAUGUGUGCGUCCGCUAUUAAGACUUUGGGAAUCUCCAGACUGGUGUUUGGCUGUUCAAAUGACAGGUUUGGUGGCUGUGGCUCUGUGCUGGAUAUUUUUGAAGACGGUGUAGGGAGCGUUGAAGUGUGUUCUGGAUUUAGAGCAAACGAAGCGAUAGAUCUGUUGAAAACGUUUUAUAUGGGUGAAAACCCCAAUGCUCCUGUACCGAAACCCAAAGCCAAUCGUCGACGUCGUGAUGCACAAAGUUCACCUGAAGCCAAACCUGUAGUUGACGAUUCAGUUGUAUGCAAUGUUUCUUCAUUUCACCAACAGGUGGUCAAGUGAUAAUAGUGAUCUAUUACAACAUG